CAAAACCUGUAGAGACACAGUAGAACCCUAGUAGGGUUUUUGGUUUGAGUCGCUUUGUGAAAAAGAGAGAGAAAGAAACAGAGAGAGCUUCAACAUCGAUACGAAAUGCCGAAAUCUAAACGCAAUAAACAAGUGACUUUAUCUAAGACAAAGAAGAAGGGGAGAGUUCACAAAGAAGCCUUUGUAGAUUCGAUUCGUGAAGCAGCUGAUAAGUAUGAUUCUGCUUACGUUUUCACCUACGAGAACAUGAGGAAUCUCAAGUUUAAAGAAUUUAGAGACAAACUCAAAUCUUCCAGCAGAUUUUUCCUUGGAUCAAAUAAAGUUAUGCAGGUUGCUCUUGGUAGGUCAGUAUCAGAUGAGAUAAAGCCUGGAAUUUACAAUUUAUCAAAGCUUCUUCGUGGAAAUUCUGGUCUUUGUUUUACUAAUUUGCCUAAAGGAGAGGUUCUAAGCCUUUUCAAUGAUUAUGAAGAAUUGGACUUUGCAAGAACCGGAGGCCUUGCUUUAGAGAAGGUGGAACUUAAAGAGGGUCAUCUGGAUCAGUUUUCACAUGAAAUGGAACCAUUAUUGCGCAAACUUGGGUUGCCAACUAAAUUAGAAAAAGGUGAUGUUAUGCUUACCUCUGAUCAUGUUGUUUGUGAGGCGGGAAAACCAAUUUCACCGGAGACGUCUCGUAUUCUUCGAUUGUUGGGGAUUAAGAUGGCGACUUUCAAGCUACACUUGAUAUGCAGAUGGAAGACUGAUGAAUUUGAACUUUACAAGGAAUUGUUGGAUCAAUCUGAUGAUGAAUCAUCAUAAGUAUGAUGAUGAUUAUGAAUUUUGAUGUAUCUUAAUCAGGUAUUUGAAAAACUAAAAGAAAUAGGUUGAAAAAAGUUGUAAUCUCUCCCUUUUAUACUUCUUCUGUGAGGUAUUUUAUUUUUUGUUGGAUUUUUAAUAUUAUGUUAACAGAAUUUAAUUGUUGGAAAAUUUUGAAGUGUUUUAUU